CAAUAGCUUCCGUCGGACGGGCCUGGCCAUCAAAAACGCGCGGGCUUUCUUUUUUUUUCAUAUUUGUUUUGUUGAUCAGCAGUUUUGUUUAUUUUUAGAAAAAACAUAUAACGGUUAUUAGGUCAUUAUCUUUUUUCGAUUUUGAAACUGUUUUUUGGAUUUCUGCUUGAUUCUCGCUAGUUUUAAAACUGAUUCUUCUUCAUUUCAAAGAAACCGAUAUAUUAUUUACUGAUUAUUUCUAGAAUUUUUCUGCUCCUCUGCUUCUCUGCUUCUCUGCUUCUCUGCUGUUGAAACUUAGCGUGUUUUUUUGUUCGUAAUUCAUUACGUUUGCAUCGCAAAUAUGGUGAAGAGGAUUAUAAAUGAUGAUUCUAGGUAUAAUUUCGUUUGUUUUUGCUGCAAAUUUUUUUUUGUUUUCAAAAUUUGAGCGUUUUUGUUGUUGUAAUUGUAAUGUAGCCCGAAGUCGAAGAAGGUGAAGAGUCUUGCAUCUUCAGGAAAAAUUUUGGCAUGUCUACUGCUGGGAAGAAGAAAGAGAAAGAUGGUGAUUAUGAUCCAAGAUGUGAUAAAUCCUUGUCUAAGAAGAAAGGCAAAUCUGAUUUAUCACCAAUCAAGUUUUCAUUUUCAAGAUCUAAUCCCGAUCAACAGAAAGACACAUUUGAUAGAUCGAAUAUGUGAAGAACAUGCACAAGUUGAAGAGGAAUGCGCUUGCAUUCUGUCAAGUGAAUUUGGAGAUUGCCCAGAAUAUUCGGGAGGAAGGCGAGAAGCUGUCUCAAGACAGUAUUUCUCUGGAUGAUAGUGAAGUAUUUAACCCAGAUUUUCUGAGUCAAAUUGACGACAUAUGCAAGCGUCAUUUGGAAGCGAAAGACAGUGCAAACAAAGUUGAUCCUACAAUUUCACUAUUGGUGAAGCGGCCUGUUGAAUUGGAGUUUGGAAGAAUUGAAAAUGUUCCUGAUUUGGAUUCUGGUGUUCAUGGAGUUGAUUUGAAAGAAGGAAAUGAUGAAAAAGAAGGAGAGGAGGAUGAGAAGAAGAUGAAUGCUGAUGAUGAUCAGCAUAAAGAAGAUGAUGAUGAUGAUGAUGAUGAUGAUGAUGAUGAUGAUAUGAUAAGGAUCACCAGAAUUAUAAUGAGACAAAGGAUGAUGAUGCUGAUGAUAAUGGUGAUCCUGGUCUUCAAGGAGAUGAAGACAAAGGAGUAGAUAAGGAUGCUGGUCUUCAUGGAGAUGAAGACAAAGGAGGAGAUAAUGGUGAUCCUGGUCUUCAAGGAGAUGAAGACAAAGUAGGAGAUAAGGAUGCUGGUCUUCAUGGAGAUGGAGAGGAAGGUGGAAGUAAGUUCUUCUUAUUGUAUUGUUUUAGUUUGCUUAAAUGAAAAAGUUAAAUAGCUAACUGAAAGAAUAAAAAGACCAACUGAAAAGUCUGAUAUUCUAACUGAAAUAAUAUUAAUACUAGCUGAAUAUCAUAUAAAUACCAAAUGAAACUUUUGGUAUCUGGUGGAAAAAUAGUUUUAGUUUGUCAAUGAAUUUAUUCAUUUCUGAUUUUGUGUUUUUCAGUUAUUGUGUAUUUAUUUAUUUUUUUUAUUGUUUUUGUUUUUGAAUGAAGAUAAUGAGAAAGAACCGAAGGAAGAUGAUAAUAAGAAGACUGGCAAUGCUGAUGAUGAUUGUGGUCUUCAAGGAGAUAAAGAGGAAGGAGGAAAUAAGGAGUUGGAUGCUGGGGUUCAUGCAGAAGGAGAGAAAGGAGGAAGUAAGUUUCUUUCAUGUUAUUCCUAAUUGAAAGAAUUCAAAGACCAACUGAAAAAUGUGAUGCUCUAAAGGAAAUAAUAUCUUAUAAAUAGCAACUGAAAUACUGUUUUAGUUUGUAACAAUAUGAAAACGAACUGAAAAAUAAAUAGGAAGUAAGCACUAUAAAGAUUACCUGAACAAUAACUGAUGAAGUAUUAUAAAGUGUAGCUGAAAAUGAUUGUAAUAGUAUCAAAUAAAAGAAUAAUUAUACUAAAUGAAAUAAAUUAAGGACCAACUGAAAAGAAAAUAAGUCUAACUGAAAACUAAAUAAGUCUAACUGAAAAGUAUAUCAACUG